GGUUAUAAGCAAAGAAGGCUGCUGGAAUAACUGGACAGAGGAAUACAAGCAACUGUCAGAAACAAAAGGCAGAUGGCACUUUACCUUAAUGAACAUACCUGGAAGGGCAGCAUGGUUUAAAGAUCUAGUCCUAAAACCCAAUCAAAUCAAAAUUCUUAAUCGUAUCCGAAGUGGGCAUGCUCUCACCAAAGAAAGAAGAGCCAAGUGGGGCCUAGAAAGCAACGACGAAUGUGAAACCUGCGGAGAGACAGAAGAUCUAAAUCACGUAUUGUACAAUUGCCAUAAAUACAACACCACUAGAAGCAACUAUCUAAUAAUAGAACACAUGAAACCUCUACCGGAAAUUUUAAAAGAACUUCACGAAGAUAGCCUACUACAAAUAGUCCAAUUUUUAAAAGAAACCAAAACGCAAGUUUGAUUUGGAGAAUACGAAGAGCCAGACAACAACAUAACUGAAGUUGACAGUUGCAUGUCAACACAAAUAACAGAACCACAGUGGCGAGAUGGGCUCACUGGCCCCAGCCAACAAACAGCAAAGAAAAAAAAAAAAAAGUUUUUACUUAUUUCUCGAUAAGGAAUGGUGUAAAAGUGCAUCCGGAACGCAAUGUACUCAGAGUGGGUCUCACUGGUUCCGACCAUAACGGAAAAUAUCUCCAAUGCUCAGUCCCAAUCGGUCCUGGGCAAGUUCGGAAUAGCUGGUGGGCGUGAUGUGGCAGCAGUAGUAGUCAAGCAGCUGGCUUCCAAUCUCGGAAUCACGAAUGUUGCCGAACCGAGCAGCCUAACCAGCGAUCAGGAGGUCCAAUGGUGCAUGGAUGUGAUUUGUUAUGGACUUUCACUUCCACUGGCAGAGCAUGACAUUAUCAAGGACUGCGUGAACAUCUACUGUGAAUGGGUCACGGCAUUGCUGCCGCAGACCAAAAUAAGCGUGCCCCGACCGAUUUGUGAUGAUCCAAACACCUACGUGCGGAAAAUUAUCAAACAUCUCUACAAUCUGUUUGUCCCCCGUCCGGGAGAAGACUGGCCUUUUAUAUAUCAAGAGGAUUUAGGUACAGACACUAUUAAUCGACAGGCCGUCUUUUGUCAUCGAGUCCUUCGAACGCUUCAGGAUACGGCUCUCAAUUCGCAAGUCCUAACCGUGGAAACUUGGGAAGCUUUGCUGCUUUUCUUGUUGGCGAUAAACGAAAUCCUACUUGCUCCACCAAUUGUUAAAGAUGACGUAGGGGAUCAGCUGUGUGAACGGGUACUGAGUGUGCUUUUCGAAAUUUGGCUACUGGCCUGUAGUCGCUGUUUCCCGUCACCGUCGUUAUGGAAAUCGUUCCAAGAGUCUUGUGCUGCCUGGCGUCAUCGGAUAGCUUUGGUUGAGCAAUGGAAUCGUGUAAACUUAGUACUGACGGCUAAGCUGCUGGAGUUUACUUAUGGACCAGCUUUCCCUGAAAUGAAAAUAAUCGAGGAAGAUAGUCACCUGAUUCCGGCUGGCAUGACCAACGACAGCAUUGCGCAAUCAUGGAUAAGAUUCCUAAAGAUUCUCGGUCCACCUACUGAUCUGUGCUGCCCACAAGUCAUCAGUCGAACGCCACAAUUCAUCCAAGCUAUCCUACUGAACGCUGAUGGCAUCGAACCGCACUACCAUCCCUGUUUGCUACAGUUACCGCAAAUCUUUCUGAAAACGAUGAAAGGAAUUGCUGGAUUGGUUGACGCAUUUCUGGGAAUAGCUCAGUUCCGUCAGCAACAUCACAACAUCAUGGACAGUAUGAAUCAUCUUCAUUUUUCCAAUGGCAGCAAUGGUGCUGAUGGGGUGACCGCAGCAUCACAGCACAUUAAUUUUAGACAUUCCGGUGGGGAAAUCAAACAAAGUCCCUCGGUUCGUGCCAGUGGAGGCUUGGGUGGACUUGGUUUGGGCGCUGCUCUGGGCGUCGUUGGAAGCUCCACCAGUGGCACUGGCUUGGGACAAAAUAUGGUGGUGGUAGGAAGUAGUGGGAUUGGAAGUGGUGGAAGAGUUAGUUCCGGCAAUAAUGUUCAAGUUGAAGGAACGAGUAAUUCGACGGGUCAUGGGAUCGUUAGUUUCAUGAGUAGUAUUUCCCACGAUGGACAGUUUGGAGGCGAAGGAGCGCCCAAUUCGCCAACACCACCGCUUCAGAGACGAUUGGCCAAAAGCUUCAGCGUAGCCCCGUCGAUCUCGGCCCAUGCCGUGAUUUCGAUGGCCCAGGCUAAGGGUCUCACCAAAAGCUCAUUCAGUGGCCUGACCAGCAGCAGGAACUCCACCAAUCAACCGAGCGUUUUGCCACAAACGUCAUCCCUCCCAUCGUCUGGUUUUUCAUCCAUGCUUUCGCUAUGUCAAGAAAACCGAUACCCAUUGGCGGCGAAUCGUCCUCGGUGCAACAGUAUUUUGCAUCUUUUCGGAGAGUGGUUGUUUGACGCAGCCCACAUUGGUGGAGAAACCUGGAUUCAUAACGCUAAAAAACGAGCUGCGGAUGCAAAGCGUCGACCCUCUUCGAUGAUCAUGGAUAACCGCAAGGGCAGCCUUUCGCAACCCCCAUCAUUGUCCGAGAUAAGCGACGUGCCCCCAGGUCUUACUAUCGACAAAUAUGAAUCUGGCAAAGCUGAAGCCAUCGGAGCGUUGUGUCGCAUAUUCUGCGCCAAGAAAACUGGCGAAGAAAUCCUGCCGGUCUACCUGGCCCGGUUCUAUAUGGCCCUCCAUCAAGGUCUCAAGCUAGGAGAAUCUAAAGAAUGUGAAGAAACGCUGGCCAGCAUUCUGUACAACUCAUCCGAUCUGUUCCGUAUCGAUUUGGAAGGCAUUCAGGUGCUGCUGCCCUCGUUCAUCGGUGCUUUGGAGCUAAUUCUACCGGAGAAAGAACUACGCAUGAAGUCACAGAACGUGAUUGUGAACAAAACGGAGUUGAGACGCGCCGCUAUAAACAUUCUGCUCUCUAUAUUGGCUCUACCUUUGCAUUUCCAAACACUUCCCAUCAGGGACAUCACUGGAGGACCUGCUGAUAAGAUGAUAACGUUUGCUCAACUGAAGCCGCGGCUUAUCAACAUCUUGAUGAAUGCGCUGCAAGUCGAGAGCGAUGCUCAAAAUACGCACAUGCUACUUGGAGGUUUACAUCUGUGCGUCCAAGAUUCUGGCACUUUUGAGGAAAUGGAACUCAACUCGGAUGUUCUUCACGCGUCGCAGCAAACACACGACGCCAAUCUACUCAGCUCAGCCUGCUCGGAGAAGAGUACCUACUCGAUGAAUAGCGCCAAUUCCAGCAUCGGGGGCAACAGUAGCACCGCUACGCUUAGCAAUGAACCCUCUAGUUUGCCGGCUUUCGAUGAUUUCUCAUCUGACAUUAUUCAUGAUUUAGAGUUGAGUUCGUCUGCAGUUUAUGACAGUGGUCAUGCGUUAUUCGUGCGGGCUACCUACCUGGUUUGUCAUCGUUUGAUUUCCUCGUGGAAAACGGAUCUCAAUGUGUCGCUCGCUGCCCUGGAACUUCUGUCCGGCUUGGCUGCCAUGCAUAUCAAGGAUUCUGAUGCUCUUGAAUGCAAACGUGCUGUUAAGUGGAUCUGCGAUUACAUUUGCUACCAAUGCUCACGACCUCCACCGGCCCACAGUAAAGAUCUGCACAGUACGAUCGUAGCAGCAUUCCAGUGUACCGCUUCCUGGCUGAUGAACCAUCCCUAUCUGCUGCAGGACAAGGAAUGUCUGACAACUGUUUUGGAAGUGGUAGAACUUGGUAUCUCCGGUUCCAAAAGCGUCGGAAAACCGGGCGAACCUGUUAAGCAUAAGGACGAGAAGGAACUGAAACCUGCAUCGAUGAGGGUGCGCGAUGCUGCGGAGAAUCUUCUUACGCUGAUCCUGGAACAGAUCGACUAUUUCCCGAAUGAAUGCGGAAAACAGUCACUGUCUUCGCUUCUCGAUGAAGUUGUGCUGGUGAAGCAUUCCAACACGACUGGGGAGGACACUCAAGACAUCAGCCAGGAUCAGGCCAUUCGCAAGUUUAAAUAUUUUGUAACGGAAAAUUCAACCAUUUUGGCAUUAUUUGAGGAGCCGCUCGGGAACGAUCAAGAUCCUCAACCUACUGUUACAAUUCUCAUUCGGGGUCCGUUCGGAAGGCAUGCAUGGACCAUGCAGCUGCGUCAUCUGCCGCGCAGCAAAUCGGGAACCAAAUAUCAUGCGCCCAACCCCGGCAGACCGGUUCCCAUGAACGACAUCAUGAUUCGUCAGGAGAUCGAGUAUAAAUUCUUCCCUGAUUCGGUUGAGAGAAUUCCACCCUGUGUGGUAGAUUAUUCCAUUCCAACGUUGGACACUAUCGAGCAGAAAAUUGGUAAUCAAUCGACCAAGCAUUUGACGAGGCUGCUGGAGGAUCAGCUGGUGUACGAGAAGUUAUCCUGGGCACAGACUGAGUGUUCCGUUGAUGGCUUAGGCCAUGCCCAGGAAGCUACUGCACCUAAUGUGUGUCACGAAUUUCAAGCGGCCCGAUUAUUCCUGGCACAUUUUGGAUUCCUUUCCAUUGGACAGAAUAAUAACGGCUCAAAGCUGCUUACUUCUUUAGACACAUCGAAAAAUGAGUUCUGUCAGGAUUUGCGUAUGCUUGACAAAAUGAGUCCUCGCACAUGUGACACUAUCCACGUGUUUUACGUUAAAGCAGGUCAAACCACGGAUGCCGACAUUAUCGGGAAUAUGGAUCAGGAAAAUCUGUCUUCGAUUGAUGUUCAUUUUUGGAACGUCCUGUACACUUUGGGAUGGCCAGUCAAUGUUGAGGAGCAUGCUGGCUGGACUGGUUUUAUCAACAGCAGCUGGAAGAUUCCUAAAGAUAACAAAACCAACCAGAAACAACACUCGUUCAAUACCUCCAAUGUUGGAGACCUUCAACUGAAUGGUGAUAAAAAGACACUCUACUGGGCUGAUGUCUCCUCGGAGAUAGCUAUCGUUGUCCCCAAUCGCAUUAACAAAAGCGAAAUAAGCUUGGAGGACAACGUUGACGGGAAUCUUACAACGACAACGUAUGAACGUAGCGUGAGUGAAAUCCAAGCCUCGAAGGCUGCCUCCAGUAAAUCCCGUCAAUUUUCAUUAGAAAAUGAGCCCAGCCGGCUGGGUUCCAUGAGCAGUAAAUCAGCUGAUCCGAUUCCACCCGUACGUAGACGUACCGGGGCCUCCAAGCCAACUACUCUCUACACGGCACCAACUGCCAAAAUUUUGCUCGUUUGGUUGGAAAGCUACGAGGAUCAUCUCACAUUCCCUAUCGAUGAUCUUCUGCAUUACACCCGGGCGGGAUAUUCUACGUCGCAUGGCCCAAUAACACCCCUCAAUUCUAGCGAGUGUCAUGUAAUUUUCUUGCAUGCGCUGAAUUCCGGUUUGCUCCGGGUCAAACUGCAUGGACCCACGGGACGAAUGAACUUUGCAAUUCCGCUGAUCGAUGGUAUGGUUGUCAGUCGUAGGGUCAUUGGAUCCCUUAUCCGACAGACCGCCUACAAUAUGGCCAAACGAAGGCGAUUGGACAAUGACUCAUACCAACCACCGCAUGUUCGACGGCGCAUCAAAGUUCAGGAAAUCAUGCAAAAGUAUAAAAAAGAUAUGACUGAACCGGAGAUGUUGGCUGACCUCUUUAAAGCCCCCGUCUAAGGGGGUUUCGGCUUCCACAGCAGAGAACGAUUAUUGCACUUUGCUAAAAGUAUUACAUUCGCGUUUUUGUUUGCGUCUAUAGCCUUUAUUUAACUGUAAGUUGCAUCAAAAUGUGUUAACGUUUUCUUCAACAACAAAACCUAUUUUCAGUUAAUAUCUACUUAUUUUUGUGGAGUAAACUUAUUAGUGCAGAGCUCCAAUUUACGUUAACAAAAUUUUAAUUGUUUAAAUUAUAAAAAUAUAUAAAAGUUUAUAACCAAGUAUUAAUUUAUAUCAAGAUGAAGCUUGAAUUCUGAAU